AUGGAGCUCGAUCUGCCUGGCGGAACGAAUCAUCACAUGAAGAUACGGAAUACGAUCGAUAUCAAAGGAAUUAUGACAGACCCAGUAACUCUCGUGCUCCGUUUGUGGAUUUGCGCAGAAGCUCCUUUGGAAAUACGAGCUAUGGAAAAUAUCAAGGAGGAGACAAGUCUACGACCGAUUAUCAAAAAUCACUACAAGGAACACGCGGAUGUCACUUCACGAGCACAGACAGAGAUCGACGAUUGGCUUUCGACGAACAAGGUGACGAUGAAAGGCAAUAACAUUCCGCGACCCGUAUUUUCUUUUGGUGAAGCAAAUUUCAACCCAAGGAUUUUGCGAGAACUCUCCAACUUUCAGACACCAACAUCGAUUCAAUCAAUAUCCUGGCCUGUUUUGAUGAGUGGACUCGACAUUAUUUCAAUAGCGCAAACAGGAUCCGGAAAAACGUUGGCAUACAUGCUUCCGGCGCUUGAGCACAUGUCACAUCAAAAUCUUCCAAAAAGCUCUUUUCGUUCGCCUCGUUCGCCGACUAUUCUCGUAUUGGUUCCAACAAGAGAACUUGCGCAACAAGUAUCUGAAGUUUCAAAGUCAUGUAUCAAAGCUUCGAAUCUUCAAUAUGCAACUCUUUUCGGCGGUGUCAGCAAAUUUGCUCAAGAGGACUUUCUGGCAAAAGGAGUCGAUGUUGUUGUUGCCACUCCAGGACGAUUACUUGAUCAUUUGAAUACGAAAACAAUUGAUUUACGUAAUUGUUCAUAUGUGGUGCUCGAUGAAGCUGAUCGGAUGCUUGACAUGGGAUUUGAGCCACAAGUACGCAGUGUUCUUUCGCAAAUUCGGCCCGAUCGUCAAACGGCAAUGUUCUCAGCAACUUGGCCAAAAGAAGUGCAAAAACUUGCGCGGGAUUUCUUGAAGGACGAAGUGUUUCUGAAUGUUGGCUCAAUGGAACUGUCAGCAAAUCCGGAUAUUAAACAGAUUGUCGAAGUUGUAGAUGGUCGUGAGAAGAGGGAUCGUCUAAAGCAUUUGAUUGAAAAUAUAUUUUCAAAGGAAAACAACAAGACGUUGAUUUUCGUGCAAACAAAAGUGGCGGCUGAUCGAUUGGCGACCUUCCUUGGGCAUUUCGGACACAAAGCAUUGAGUCUGCAUGGAGACAAAACGCAAUUGCAACGGGACACAAUUAUGCAAAGGUUCCGACGUGAUGCUUCUGGAAUUCUAAUUGCUACAGAUGUGGCUGCUCGGGGAUUGGAUGUGGAUGAUAUCGAGCACGUGAUCAACUUUGACUACCCGAAUAACUCGGAGGAUUACGUGCAUCGCAUUGGAAGAACGGGACGGGCUGGUAGAACGGGUGUUGCUUAUUCGUUUGUGACUCCGGAAGAAUCGCACAAAGUGCCCGAUCUGAUCGAAGUACUUCAAGAAACCCAACAAGAAAUUCCACGUUCUCUACUCGAUUUACAUGCGCCACCACCACCGAGCUUCAAACGAAGAUCUUAUCGG